AUGGAUACCGUGGAAGAAGCAGAAGAGGCGGAGGAGGAGUUGGUGGAAGGGGAGGGGGAGGGGAAGGAUACAUUGGGAGAAGCGGGAGAGGCGGAGGGGGGUUUGGAGGAAGAGGAGGGGAUGGUGGAAGAGGGGGCAGAGGUUAUGGAGGAUGAAGCGGAGGAAGAAGGUGAGGGAGAGAAAGGGAAGAAGGGAGAGGUUGAGGGCGCGGCCCGGCGAGAUGCUAAGGGAGAAGGUGUUGAAGGACGAGGGGAAGGAAGAGAUGAAGGGAGAGAUGAAGGGAGAGAUGAAGGGGGAGAUGAAGGGAGAGAUGAAGGGGGAGAUGAAGGGAGAGAUGAAGGGGGAGAUGAAGGGGGAGAUGGAGGGGGAGAUGAAGGGAGAGAUGAAGGGGGAGAUGAAGGGAGAGAUGAAGGGGGAGAUGCGAAUGGAGAGGGCCAGGAUGCAGAAAUUUAUUCAAAGGUGAGAGGUCUAAUAGAGGAGGGUUCCAAGAAGGUAGGUGUAGAUGAGCAAAGUUCAAACGAGGAGGGUUCAAAGGAGGCGGAGGAGAAGGAGAAGGAAGAGGGGAAAGAGGGGGAGAAGGAGGAUAAAGAGGGGCAAAAACGGGAGAAGGAGGAGAAAGAAGGGGGAAAGGAGGAGACGGAAAGCAUAAAGGAUGCUGCGAUGGCGGCACUUCUAGGGUUCGUAGAGGACACGUUCUGGGUGAAGGGAAACGCCCUUAGCAUGCGAGGGAGAAGCUGGCUGGGUGGGACAGAGAAGGGCGAGAGUGUAGGAGGAAGGGAGAAGAAAGAACAAAAGGAAGGGGAAAAGGAGGAGGAGGUGGGAGAGAAGGGAAAGGAGGAGGGGGGCGACAGCAGGAAGGGUUCGCCUGCAGAGUAUGCAGCAGGGAGGUUGGCGAUGCUGCUGGGUCUGGACUCGUUGGGGUCGUUUGAGGAGGAAAGGCAGGCUCUGGCUCUCGAGGCUCGACGGGCAGAGGAGGCAGGGGAUGAGCAGCGGGCGAGCAUGGUGGAACAGACCGGACGAGCAGCGGGCGAGAGUAUGGCAUGGAUGGUGGAGCUGGUGAGUUUUGAGUCGACUCAAAACACACCUGAGUAUGGCAUGGAUGGUGGAGCUGGUGAGAAGAGGGUGAGGGGGUCGUCUGAGGAGGAGAGUGAGGCUUUGGCGCUUGGGGCACGUCGGGCGGAGGAGGCAGGGGAUGAGCAGCAGGCGAGCAAGCAUGGUGGCGCAGGUGUGAUGUGGACAAACCUCACCAUUCUCCUGCGGGCCAUGCAGCAGCAGGUGGGGCAGCUGAAAGCAGGAGAAGGGCAGGGCCAGGGCGAGGCAGGGGGGAAGGGAGAGGGAAAGGCAGAGGGAGGCGGUGUAGCUGCAGCAGCCGAUAAGGAAAUGAAAGGCGAGGGCAGGAGUUUAACUGCAAGGGAUCAGGAUGGGAGGGCAAGUGCGGGGAGAAUAAGGGAGGAACCAGCAUCAUCGUUAUUAUCGCCAUCAGCAGCAGCAGUGGCAGCAGCAGCGAGGGCCUUUAUCACUCCAGAAUACCUUGCUGCUGUGAGGGGUCAGAGGAGAGGGGGCAAGGAUGGGAUGUCGCUCACGCAUGUAUCGCCCAGGGACCAACUCAAAUCGCCCAGAGAUCGCCGUUCAUCCCACCGCUUCGUCCCACCCCCACCGCUGCAAAUCAGCAACUCGUUAGACCCCCUCUCAGGUCUCCCCAUCCUUGAUGAACCCCUGCCAGAUCUCACCGUUCUCGACCCCUUUCAACCCCUCUCCUCCCUUGACCCCCUCGCCUUUACCAGUGCCCAGCCAAGCCCCCCCAUCUCCCCAUGGGCUGUCCCUCCUUCGCCCUGGGAUCCCACUGCUAUGGUCAACGCCAGCCUCUUUAGCCCUGUGGGCAUGGCUUGUGGUGCUGCAGAAAUCCAUAAUGCUGCAGAAAGGGCUAAUGCUGCAGCAGCGGUUAACGCUCAUCCCUCCGUCUUUCACUCUACUCCUUCCGCACUAGUUGCUGCACCAGGUGAUCUGAUGUUUCCUGGCCUGCUGACGGGUAUUGCAGAUGCUUCUGCUGCUGGUAGUGCUGGUGCUCUAUUUGACCACUUAUCCUCACAGCCCGGCUCGUCCCCGCUGUCAGCAGACCCGUUAGUAGUGCCAUUUUCAUCCGUCCCUGUAGCUGAACCUCUUGCUCCUGCCUCCUCCCGCCGACGAACAAAGGAGAGGCGUGAGCAAAAGCAUCACCAGCAACAGCAACCCCACAUGUCCUCCCAACCACUCCACCCCUUUGCCACCCUCCCUCUUUCCAUCCAGUCUCUCAUCUCUCCCUCCGAAGCAGGAGCUACUGGUGGGGCAGGUGGUAUUGGAGGAGGAGGUGCUAUUGGUGGGGCAGGUGUUACUGGUGGCAGCAAUAGACGCAGCAAGAACAAUACUUAUGGUGACGAAGGGGAGGGCAGAAGGAGAAGCACAGGGGACACGGCGAGGAGAGAUAGAGAGGGAGCUACCAAUCCGCGUCCCCCGCCAGAUGCUGCCAAGUUUUUGCCGCCCAUGAGGCGGCUUCUAGCCGACGCGGACCAGGAGAAGGGCGGCAACCCGAGCUUCCAGCGGUGGGCCUUGACUGGCUUGGGCGAGCCCGAAGAGAUUAAAGACAUGGGGAUGGGCAGAGGCGCAGGGGAGAUUAAAGACGUAGGAGAGGUGGGAAUGAUACGGCUCAUGGAGCAUGCUCGUCAGGCUCGGGAGGCUUGUGAAGUUCGGGAGGCUCGGGAGGCUCGUGAAGCUGUGGAAGGCUCGGGAUGGGAUGCUGGAAGUGAGAGCAGUGGGAUUCAUGGGAUGGUGGGGAGGAGGAGGAGGGAGAGUAGUGGGACUGGUGGUGGGGUAGGGAGAAGAGAGGGUGGUCUAGGAAGUGCAGUGCAUGGUGACACAGCAGGAAGGGCGAAUGGCAGGGAGGGCGAGGACGUCUGGUAUGAUAAGUCGAUUUGUGAGUCGACUCAAAAAUCGACUUAUCACGCAGUGCAUGGUGGCACAGCAGUGCAUGGUGGCACAGCAGUGCAUGGUGGCACAGCAGUGCAUGGUGGCACAGCAGGAAGGGCGAAUGGCAGGGAGGGCGAGGACGCCUGGUAUGGCAUAGCAGGGAGGGGAAGGAGGUCGCCUCGCGCCCCUAGUGGUGCAACCAGGUUCGGUGCUGGUGGUGGUGGUGCUGCUGCUGCAGCUGGUGGUAAGGAGGGUAAAAGCAGUAGCGUGCUCAUUGGUUCUAGUCAGGGGGUCGUCCUUAGUGACAGCAGUGGCAGCAACGCUAGCAGCAGCACUGGCAGCAGCGGUGGAUUCCAGAUUGGAAGUAGCAGUGGUGCUGGGACUAGCAGUAGCAGGAGUGGGUUCCAGGCGGACGGCUUGAGUGAGCAGCUAGCGCUGAUCAACGCACAGCUGGAGCAGGUGUAUCUGGAGGAGGCUUAUCUGCAGCAGGCGCAAUCAGGGGGAGGGGCGGAGUAUGUGAUGUCCAUUGACCCGAGGGCACCGGCUCAGGUGGUGCUGAGGGUGCUGCAGGGGACGAGAGAGGAGCAGGGGAAGGCGGCUGGGGUGAUUGGGUGGUUCUGCGCGUCCUCUGCUGCUAACAGGGCGGCUUUUAGAGAGGCAGGUGCUGUAGAGGCGCUGCUGCAGCUGGCUGCUGCUGAUGGUGGAGAUGGCAGACUUGGCAGUCCACAUGGCAGUCCACAAGGCAGUCCACAUGGCAGUCCACGUGGCAGUCCACGUGGUGGUUCGCAUGCUGCCAUGGAUGCGCUCCUGAGGCUGUCAGCUGAUGUGGAGAGCCAGGAGCGGCUGCUGCUCCACCUUCCUCUGCUUGUUCAGUGCCAGCAGCGUUCCUCCUUCCCAACUGCCGAGGCCAGAGUCAGCAGCAUCAUCCGCGCCACAGCCUCGCUCUCCCCAUGUCACCCGCACCCUAUCUAUCCCCCUUUUCUCGCCUCCGUUUCUGCCCGCCUCCCACACACUUCCUUUCCCACGGUAUCUGAAGCGCUCCUCCUCCUUCCCAACUGCCCAGGCCAGACUCAGCGCCAGCCACUGCCUCGCUCUUCCCAUCUCAACCCCUCCAUCUCAAAAGCCAUCUCAACCCCCGCACGUCCUCGCCUUCUUUUCUCACCUUCCUUUGGAGUGACUUUUGAGAAGCCAUCUCAAAAGCCAUCUCAACCCCCGCACGUCCUCGCCUUCUUUUCUCACCUUCCUUUCUCACCUCCCUUUCGCCCCGCCCUUCCACUACCCCUCCUCCAGUGUUUCAAGCGCUCUUCUUCCUCUCCAGCAGCGCAGAUCAAACUCAGCAGCAUCGUCAGCAAUACGGCCUCGCUCUCUCCGCACGCCCGAUCUCAGCUCGUGCAAGCAGGGGCGCUCAAACCGCUCCUCAAACAGCUCGCAAAAGGGGCGAGCAGAUGGGCCACGGACAAGGAGAAAGGCCUGAGCGGAGAGAAAGCAGGAGAGGGAGAGACGACAUUCUCGGGAAGCGGUUCGGGAAGAGAGGCUCGAAUGGCGAGGCAAGCAGCAGCCGAGGCUGUGACGAGCCUCUCGCUCUCCAACUCCUGCUGCUCCUUCCUCCUCACUCACGACUCCAUCCCCAUCCUCACUCUCACUCUCGAAGCAUCCCUUGAUUCUGCUGAUUGGGCUACUACUCUCCCUCUCUGCUCCACGAUCGCUGCUCUAGCAGCGUACUCCCAGGACAGUCCUGCAGCAGAAGCGGCUAAGGCAAGGGAGAGCAUAGGAGAGGCGAUUCCAAGCCUGGUACAUGUGCUGACAGCCUUUGCCUCCUAUGCCUCGAAUGCUGCUUCAUUGUCAAACGGGGGUGGAGAGGAGGGGAGGCGGAGUGAGGAGGCGGUGAGGGUGGUGCUGCAGGCGCUGGUGGUAAUGGCGGGGUGUGGCGCGGAGCACAGACGGAGCAUGAGGGGCUGCGGGGCUGUGUGUGCUCUGCGGGAGGUGGUGCGGUUUGCUCCGACAGACGUGCAGGGGAUGGCUAUGGACCUUUUGCGGGCAUUCUUCGUAUGA